AUGCUUUCUUUGCGUUACAAGUCCAGACGCGCCGAGCCGAGGGGAAGGCCCCCAUCGACUGUACGUACAGCUGGUCACUUACUGGGGCAGAAGGCGCAGCACCACGAUCCUUCUGCAGACUUCGCUGUUCGUAAUCAAUCGAGCGAUAUAUCACAGCAGACCGCAAGUGCUCCAGCUAAGCAGCAUCAGCAGCAGCAGCGGCAGGCGGCCGUUGACACUGUGUGUGCUCCUAAUGCUGCACCGAGGGCUGCACAUGACUCCGUCAGGGAGAGCCAACACGGCAGUAAGAGCAAGAAGAAGAAGAAGCAGAAGAGGCAUUCAACUGGAGAAGACCGAGGAGACGGCGAAAGGGGCAUGAAACGCAUGCGUUUGAAUUCGGAAGCGAAGAUAAACUCGAACCAACUGGCAGCCCAGGAAAUCAACUGUGAGGAGUUACCUUCUUCUCAGGUGAAGGGGAAGAAAGCGGACCAUUGCAAACAGCAGCAGCAAACGCAGCAGCAAAAGCUACAGCAGCAGGAGCGGCAGCUGUUGUUGGUGAAGCAGUUCUCAGAUCGAGGAGCAGCAGCAGGCGUCUCAUCAGCAGUCGUCGAUCGCUUGCAGGGCGGGCGUUUUCGUUCUCUAAAUGAAUAUCUCUACACAAAAAAGGGGAACGAAGCUUUUGCAAGAUAUCAGAAGGAGCCGCAGUUGUUUGACAUUUACCAUGCAGGCUACAGGGCGCAAGUGCGUCGAUGGCCGCUGAAUCCUUUAGACUACGUUGCGGCUUGGUUAUCGAAAAGGCCGGAGGAAUGGAUAGUCGGCGACUUCGGCUGCGGAGAGGCUGCUCUCGCUUUGCGUUUUCCAGAGAGGUGA